AUGGAGCACCGAGGCGGGACUCGAAGGCAUCCCGGGAGAGUUCCGGGGGCUGGGGCAGCGACCUACCCCGGGGUGGGGGAGAGUGGGGAGAGAGAGGCGGGACCUCGGCCCCUCCACCCACGAGCCCAUUGGCCAGCUCCGCCAUCACUCCUCACUGCGCAACAUCGCCUCCUCCUCCACGGAGCCAUAUACUCCUCUCCUCCGCCACCUUCUGCCCCGCCCCAUCCUAGGAGCCUCUCAUUGGACGGGAGAGCGGUCUAUCCGCCUUGAGUCAGAGCUCCGAUUGGACCAGAGGCCCUUGGGCCGCCCCCAACCUACUUGGAUUGGCUUGAUAUGCCUUGGCGCAACGGAAGAGGCGGCCGGCAGAGGGUGCGCCUCUGCUCAGGCUGGACUGCCGCGGAGGAGGCGAGGAGGAGUUCGGCGCUGGGGGGCUGGCUCGGGCGGCAGCGGUGGCUGCUGCGGAUGGGAGCGGGCCGGCUCGGCGCGCCCAUGGAGCGCCACGGCAGGGCCGCCGCCACCUCAACCUCGUCGACCGGGGAGCCGGCGCCCGGGGACUCCGAAGGGCGGCGGCGGGAGCCACUGCGGCGCCGGGCGAGCAGCGCGUCGGCGCCUGCAAUUGGGGCCUCGGCGGAUGGCGUGAGGCGGGAUCGGCCCAGCUCCUACAGCGGCCCUGCCUCGGUCUCCCGCCAGCGCGUCGAAAGCCUCCGGAAAAAGCGGCCGCUUUUUCCAUGGUUUGGCUUGGAUAUUGGUGGAACCCUGGUCAAGCUGGUUUAUUUUGAACCCAAAGACAUCACUGCUGAAGAAGAAGAGGAAGAAGUGGAGAGUCUUAAAAGCAUUCGGAAGUACUUGACCUCCAAUGUGGCUUAUGGGUCCACGGGCAUUAGGGACGUGCACCUGGAGCUGAAGGACCUGACUCUGUGUGGACGCAAAGGCAAUCUGCACUUUAUACGCUUUCCCACUCAUGACAUGCCUGCUUUUAUUCAAAUGGGCAGAGAUAAAAACUUCUCGAGUCUCCACACUGUCUUUUGUGCCACUGGAGGUGGAGCAUACAAAUUUGAGCAGGAUUUUCUCACAAUAGGUGAUCUUCAGCUUUGCAAACUGGAUGAACUAGAUUGCUUAAUCAAAGGAAUUUUAUACAUUGACUCAGUUGGUUUCAAUGGACGGUCACAGUGCUAUUACUUUGAAAAUCCCGCUGAUUCUGAAAAAUGUCAGAAGUUACCAUUUGAUUUGAAAAAUCCAUAUCCUCUGCUUCUGGUGAACAUUGGCUCAGGGGUUAGCAUUUUAGCAGUGUAUUCCAAAGAUAAUUACAAGAGGGUCACAGGCACAAGUCUUGGAGGAGGAACUUUUUUUGGUCUCUGCUGUCUUCUUACUGGCUGUACCACUUUUGAAGAAGCUCUUGAAAUGGCAUCUCGUGGAGAUAGCACCAAAGUGGAUAAACUAGUGCGAGACAUUUAUGGAGGCGAUUAUGAGAGGUUUGGAUUGCCAGGCUGGGCUGUAGCUUCGAGCUUUGGAAACAUGAUGAGCAAGGAGAAGCGAGAGGCUGUCAGUAAGGAGGACCUCGCCAGAGCAACUUUGAUCACCAUCACCAACAACAUUGGCUCCAUAGCAAGAAUGUGUGCCCUUAAUGAAAACAUUAACCAGGUGGUAUUUGUUGGAAAUUUCUUGAGAAUUAAUACGAUCGCCAUGCGACUUUUGGCAUAUGCUUUGGAUUAUUGGUCCAAGGGACAGUUGAAAGCACUUUUUUCAGAACAUGAGGGUUAUUUUGGAGCUGUUGGAGCACUCCUUGAGCUGUUGAAGAUUCCCUGAUUGUUACCGGGGAGGGCAUCCUGGAAACUUCUACAAUGGGAUCUGUGGACUUUUUGGUUUUUAAAAGACUUACUCAGUUUUAUGAUCGUGUACUACCUGAAUCAAAGAGGGAAAUGAUGUGUAUUUUUCUAAGUCAUCAAGAUAAAUCCUUUAAAAAAUUCAGUCUAAACUAGCAACCAGUAAGGAAAGAUGCAUUAAAAAACAAGUGGACCAUGUC